UGUUCUGUUCCUAUGACAACGGGGCAUAAACAAACCAGGAGCAAGGUUGAAUCUUUUCCUGUUGCCGUUUCAGCCUGCGCAAACAACUUGAUGGACUGAUUUAAGGAAGUCGGCCUCAACUCAAGACUAUGACCACCAAAUCCACAAAAUCAAGAUCUCACAGCAUCAAACCUGCCAAGAAGACUGGGAGUCCGAAGACAGGCAAAAAAAGGUCCUCUAGUGACAAAGCUGCCAAAAAAGACGUGGACAUCCUCAGUCCAGCAGCCAUGCAGAACGUGUCCUACAUUGCUCACAAUGCAUCUGCCUGCUUGGAGUUCAGAGGGUAUGGGUGGUUGAAGGACAAGAGAAAAAAGGGAAAAAAACGGAAAAAACUAAAGUAAGUUUUUCAACUGCAAAGUGAAGAGGAAUUUAUUCUGAUUCAACAACGUCAAUGAAAAAAUACACAAGUGUUGUGUAGCAUUUAUUCAUGUUUAUAUUGCAUUAUACAAUAUUACAUUAAGUGUAUAUAGUGAGUAGGUUCUAACUGUUUUGCAAUUAUACCGGGUAAUUGUCAAAAAAGCUUGGCCAAAUGCUAACACAUUGGAUUUGCAAUGUAACUUUUAACCCAGUAAGCAUAAUAGAAAUAUAGGUAACAAUGAAACAUGUAAAUAUGUUUCAGGCACUGUCAAUAAUCCCCAUACAAAAUGUACACUUGUUCCACAACCCUGUAAAAUAAAUACAUCAUCUGCAGAGUGCAUCAUGUUGCCGGAAACAUCAUCCAAGGUGCUCACUCUGGUGGCUU